ACAUGAUAGACGCUUAUUUGCUGAUUGACGAUCACUGAUAUAUACACAUUACAACACGUACAGAAUAAAUGUGGUGAUUGAGUCAACACUGUUACUACACUGGCACUGGAUAACGACACCACAAAGGACAUUUUAAGUUAGUAUUGUACUUUAUACUGGCGACUCAGCCACCGUAGUCUGACGUUUUCGACAACACCCCCAUCAUCGUCAUGGCCGUGGCUACUAAAUCCAACUGGAAAUUCGGCUCUGGGUCCGAUUCUAAUGACGGAGAUGAUGAAUACGAUACGCAGCUGCAGACAGAGGCUGAACAUUUUAAUGAAAUAAUCAUAAAACAAGAAUACUCAGAAGAAAUUGAAAUAACUACAGAGUUAACUGAAACCUAUAGUGAUGAUGAUUUACCUGGAGGAUGGGAAAAAAUAGAUCAUGAUAGUGGUAUGCCAUUAUACAUAAAUACUGAAACAAGAGUAUGUUCAUUUUCAAAGCCAUAUUUUCUUGGAAUUGACAGUCUCAAAAAUCAUGAAAUUCCAGUAGAAAAUGUACCUUGUUUGAAUCAGAAAUUAAAUAAUGAAACAAAUACCGCAUCAACCUCUACUGACUCUACUUCAAAUAAAUGUCCUGUAACAUUAAGCCAUGAAGAGUAUCGGAAUUACUGUAGUAAAGUAUUCAAAUUUAGGAAUAUUAAAUGUUAUAAAUUCAAUUCAUGGGUAAAACGCCGAGAAUACAUUAAAAAACUUAAGGCCAAUUUAAAGACUAAAGAUCUUCAACAAACUACAUCAAGUACAUCCGAUUGUGUUGUGAAGAGCGAGGAUAAGAUAUUUAGUAUGGACGAUCUGCAACAUUUCAUUAAUUUAAGAAGUAAAAAUUUUAUUGGUCUAUUGGUUGAAUACCUUCAACGUGAAUUGAAAACCUCAAAUUAUUCAUUUGAGAUUAAGGAACUUGAACACUCCAAGUAUCCUUAUUUAUCCACUGUAGUCAUAGAUGGAAUACAAUAUGGUGUUGGUACAGGCUCGACCAAAAAACAAGCUAAAACUGAUUCUGCAAGAGCUACUCUUCAUAUAUUAUUACCAUAUUUUAAACAUUUUCAAACUAAUAAGAAUCAUCAAGCCAACAAUAAAAUUAAAGAGGAUCUUGAAAAAUACAAAAUCUUUGACAUACUAAAGAUUACAGAUUCUAGAAUACUGGAUAUUUGUGUUCAGUCUACUGAAUCUACUCCAUAUGAAAUGUUAAAGCUUUGUAUAAAAAGAAAUUUUGGUGAAAAUUCAAAUCUAUUAUAUGAAAUGGAACAGAUACAUUGUGGAUCUGGUACAGACAGUUAUUAUCGCUGCACAAUGACUGUAAGCAAAUAUUCUGCAACAGUUAUUUGUAAAGAUAAACUUGGUGGACGCCAAAAAGGAGCUCAAGCUCUGUUAAAGGUAUUGCACCCUCAUGUUCAAUUCUUUGGUUCUUUAUUAAGAUUGUAUAGUCAUCAACAUUUUGAAUACAACGAGAACAAACCAAUCAAACCUAAAACAUUUGAAACCGACAAAUACAGAAGUCGUCCUGAUGUUAAUCUUCUCAAAACAUUAAGAAAAAACAUGUUAAAAUUAGAAUUAGAAACAAACGAGUAAAAGAUUAUAUGUUUAGUUUUAAGUUGUGAAUAUUAUUUUAAAAUAAAAUUUGGAUUCUAACAGUAGAGACUCCAUAACAGACUCCUCUGAGAAAUUAAUUUAAAUUUAUAAAAUAAUUGGUAUUUUUAUGUUCUAUGUAGGUGUAUAUUUUUUACUAUUUUCAGUAAGUCUAUAAAGUUUUAAGAUUGUAAUGACAAAUCCAUUUAAAUUCUCAACUUCACUUCAUAACAUAAUAUGUAGUGUAAACAAAU